UUCAGAUCUGGCCAUAAAGAACAAUCCAGUCUGCAUUAAGGUUGGAGACAGAGUCAGAGUGAAACCUUCUAUUAAAACCCCAAAAUAUGAUUGGGGUAGUGCUAUCACACAUAAGAGUGUGGGAGUGGUAAAAGGCAAGAUAUGUAUUAUUCUCAUAAACACAAAUGGUAUAUUACGCUGCUAGGCAUCACAAAUGAGUAUGUGCAGCACUCACAUUUGCAUGUUCUUCUUUCAGAUAUUAAAAGUGAUAAGUGUCUGGUUAUUGACUUUCCUGGAUUUGCAAGCUGGAGAGGACUUCUUUCUGAAAUUGAGCCAGUAACUGAUGAUGAUGAGGGUGGAUCUUCAACUCUCAACUGCAAGAUUAAAAUAGGAGACAAGGUCUACGUGAAGCCAUCUGUAGAAACGCCCAAAUAUCUAUGGGGUUCAGUCAGCCAUAAAAGCAUUGGCAGUGUCAUAAAUGUGCAGGGUGAGACUGUGACAGUAAAUUUCCCUGAGCAGGAAGGUUGGCUUGGUGAAGUUUCUGAAAUGGAGCUUGUAGUCAGUGCUGAUUUAGGGUCCCCCAGUCAUGCCUACUUCAAGAUAGGAAACAGAGUCAGUGUGAAAUCUUCAGUGAAAGAUCCAAAACAUGGAUGGGGAUCAGUCACUCACAACAGCAUCGGUGUCAUUAAAAGAAUUCAGGGCGAGUCUUUGACUGUAGAGUUCCCUGAGCAGACGGAUUGGACUGGUAUCGCUUCAGAAAUGGAACUCAUAAACGGUGAUGUUUCAGAAGUGCUCAGUUUAAGGCCUGGAGUGAGGGUCCGUGUUAAACCCACCAUCAGAACUCCAGCACAUGGCUGGGGAAGUGUCACCAAGCACAGCAUUGGAGUGGUUGAAGCUAUAGAUGGAACCAAAGUGACUGUGAACUUUCCUGAACAGUUAAGUUGGACUGGCAUUGUCUCAGAGAUGGAGGCUGUGCCUUAACGAUGAAACACAGCAUCCAGGAGCUGUUCACUACAUGUACACUGCACAAGGGUUAAAAAUAUAUAUUAUGUUUAGGGGUAAUGAGUUUGCUCUUAACACCAGGGUUUAAUGCACAGAUUAAAAAUGCCCACUAGGAUGACCUGACCCUUACUGUCUCAAAUAACUUAUUUUAACUGUGAAGCAUAGUUAUUACAUAAACAUAAACAAGAUUGCAUGAAAAAGGUAUAUUGACACCAGGGUAAUAUAUAUGCUAAUAUAUAUGCUGAUACAGCCCAUCCCUUGAGUGUGUUUCUUAUUUUCUGUAUGUGAUGUUAUGACUCUGCUACUCUCUGUCUUAGUCUGAUUAUUUAAGAGUGCCACUGUGUACCUGCAUCUCAUAUGCUUGAGUAUAAGGACUCUGAAGCAGAGCAUGGCAGGAGAGAGGAGAUAAUCACCAGCAAACAAGCUUUAUUUUUAUUUUGUUUUCCUUCUUAAUAGUAGUUAUUGAUUUGUUGUUAAAGGGAUAAUCCAUCACAAAAUGAAAAUUUAGUCAUUAUUCACAUACUCCCAUGUUGUUCCAAAAAAGUA